AUGGCCGCCGAUUCUACCAAGUGCUCGAUCACCACUUUGGAUGGGACGCUAUGGUCUGCGGAAUCCAGCCAGCAGACGGUGGCCAUCCUCGCCACCAGUGCGGCGGUCAUGAAGGGGGUCCUCCUCACGAUCGAAUCGGUAGAGAAACGGAAUUUGCUACUCCCGUCCCGCCGAAACGUCCCACCAGAGGCUACGGCGGGAAUCUUCAAUCAGUGGUUUUGCUGGUGGAUGAAUCCUCUCCUUCUCUUCGGUUAUCGCGGCGUGCACUCGUUGGAGACGCUUUUCGAAGUCGACCAGGACUUGUCUGCCGAGGGGAAUUCGGGCCUGUUUGGUCGAUGGAACUCAUGGAAAUCAAAGCAAAAGGCUCACUCGCUGCUGCUGAUCACCUUGCUUGACAACAAACGGACCAUGGGCAAGGCCAUCAUUCCACGAUUAUUUCAGACAGGGUUCACUUUUGCUCAGCCAUUCCUUGUUCGACGAGUCAUUGAGUAUAUCGAGGAUCCGAAUGGCUCCAACACCUCGACCGUUGGGACUGGUCUCAUAUUCUCAUAUUUAAUAGUCUAUGUCGGGAUCGCCUUGGCAACAUCGUUGACGCAGAACUGGACUGUUAGGCUGGUUACACGGAUGAGGGCCGGUCUUGUUGGCCUAAUCUACUGUCGCACACUCGAGAUUAGAUCCCUCGCCGUGGACGAGGCGGAUGCAGUCACACUCAUGAACGCCGAUGUGCAGCGGAUUACCACGGGUUUCCAAUCUUUUCAUGAAUUAUGGGCGUGCCCCAUAGAAAUAGCGCUGUCCAUCUGGCUGCUUUCAAGCCAGUUACGGCUUGCGGCACUCGCACCUGCGGUGGUCACAGUGGUCUUCACAGGCGCUGCCAUCAGUGUGGCCUCCAAGGCCGGGAUCACUCAAAAGGCGUGGCUAGAUAAGAUCCAGUUGCGAGUUGCUGUGACCGCUUCUCUUCUACGCGUGAUGAGCUCUGUCAAGAUGACAGGUCUAACGGAAACACUCAAGCGAAAGGUCGAUAAGCUCAGGGAUGCAGAAAUCGACGCAUCGUUUAGUUUCCGAGUGGUCCUGGUUAAGAUCGUCUCUCUCACGUUCGCCUCCACUGCUAUGACGCCGGUUGCGUCCUUUGGCAUGUAUGUCCUCCUGCAAAAAUACCGUGGUUAUGCGAUAUUAGACACCGCCGGCGCCCUGACGACACUUGCUCUACUGCAACUUUUACUGGCACCCGUUUCCAUACUCAUUGAUACGCUUGCUGGCAUCAUGGGUGCGGUUGGUUGUUUCGAACGAAUUCGGAAUUAUCUCAACACAGAGACGAGGGUGGACAGCCGGGUCUAUGGGAGCUGUCAAGGAACAUGGACCAAUUACAACUACUCGGGUCGUUUGAUGCGAUCUCUCUCAUCAAGAAGACAGGGCACCAUGGAAAUGGACGGGAUUUAUUCGUCCUACGACCCUUCUAUACGAGACUCUGCAGUUAAUGACAUUUAUGCGCUGGGCUGUUCCUUGCAGCGCCGAGGUGCUGUUACAUCUCGGAAUCGAAGCUCGAUUCAAGUUCACCAGGCCUCAGCCAGUUGGAAAGACACUGCCCAACCCGUCUUGAAAGACCUAAACUUCAAGAUUCCCGAUGGAAAGCUGACCAUGAUUAUUGGCCCCGUGGGGAGUGGGAAAUCGACUUUAUUGCAUACGCUGCUCGGAGAGACUCGGAGUAACGGGGGUUACAUCCACGUUACAUUUGAAGAUGCAGCGUACUGCUCGCAGCGCCCGUGGAUCUCGAACACCACCGUACGCCAGAACAUCCUUGGUGGCUAUGAGUUUGAUCCUGGAUGGUAUUCCAGCGUGGUUCACGCGUGCUGCCUCGUGAAGGAUCUGGAUCAGCUGCCAGAUGGCGACCUUACAUCUGUCGGAAGCAACGGUACUGGCCUCAGCGGCGGCCAACAGAUGCGUGUAGCGUUGGCACGCGCCAUCUACUCAAAGAAGAAUACCAUAAUUAUGGACGACGUGCUGAGCGGCCUAGAUUCGACGACCGAGGAAGCCGUGUUCUCGUCAGUGUUUUCAGCCAGCGGUUUGCUGAAGAAACACAAUAUAACCGUCAUCCUGGCGACGAACGCCGUGCAUCGACUGCCAGACUCGGACCAUAUAAUCGUACUAGACCAGAAUGGAACCAUAGCACAGCAAGGCUCGUUCAGAAGACUUUCGUCGCGGCCAGGCUACGUCUCCAGGCUCGACCUUCAAAAACGGCCUGAUAAUCUCUUUCAACAGCAAGAAAAAUUCGUUUUCCCCGGUGAAGUGCAAAAGGCUUUGGGCAAGUCCCUCCCGGAGAUACCUACGAGGGACGCUUUAACCGGGGACAUGAGUAUUUACAAGUACUAUAUCGAGAGUUUUGGUUGGGCACGAUGGUGGAUACUCAUCACGAUCUGCUCAUUCUACGGAUUUGGCGUUGUCUUCCCUCAAGCUUGGGUUCAGUGGUGGGCAGCGUACAACGUACGCCAUCCAGGCGAGAAGAUUGGUUACUACGUCGGAGUAUAUUUCUUGCUGGGAGCUCUGGCAAUAGUGUCUCUCGCGGCGAGUUGCGGGUUCCUCGUCAUCAGCAUUGCCCCCCGGGUGGCAAAAGCGAUGCAUUCACGCGUAUUAAACACCAUCAUGAAUGCACCGGUCGCUUUUUUCACUCAAACUGACGCCGGUUCGAUCACGAAUCGGUUCAGCCAAGACUUGGACCUCAUAGACAUGGAGUUACCGGUUUCCUUAAUUCACACACUGCUUACCGGAUUCAUAUUGAUCGCACAGUCUCUGGUUAUUGUAUCCACUGCAAAAUACGCCGGCGCGGCCUUGCCAGUCUGUGCUCUGGCCGCGUAUAUGACCCAGAAGUUCUACCUGAGAACCUCGAGGGUGUUGCGCCUGCUAGAUAUAGAGGCCAAGUCUUUGUUGUUCUCCCAUUUCUUGGAAACACUUAGCGGGUUGGUGACCAUUCGCGCCUUUGGAUGGGGAGAUGGUUAUCUCAAGACCAACGAGCAUUUCAUUGACAUCUCCCAGCGUCCCUUUUACCUUCUUCUAUGCGUCCAGAGAUGGCUAGGGCUCGUCUUAGAUCUCCUAGUGAGCGGUAUUGCCGUAGUGUUGGCUAUCAUCGCUGUGAAAUCCCGAGGCGAGGUCAAUCCCGGCCUUAUGGGUCUGGCUCUUCUUAACAUCGUCGGCUUCAGUUCCAUCCUGAAGCAGCUCAUUGCCAACUGGACUUUGCUGGAAACGUCGACAGGGGCCGUGAGCCGAGUCAAGAGUUUCACGAAGAGCGUUGCCUCCGAGAACGCCGAAAGUUGUGAAGGAGGUGGGGACCUGCUUUGGAACUGGCCAUCAUACGGACGCAUCGAAUUUAACGACGUUACCGCCACCUACAACAUUCAAUCGGAACCAGUCCUGAAAGGGGCAUCUCUUAGAGUCGAGCCUGGGCAGCGUAUUGGUAUCUGCGGUCGGAGCGGGAGCGGUAAGAGCUCACUAGUCGCCACACUCUUCCGUAUGACCGAGAUCACUCGUGGAUCCAUCGUCAUUGACGGUCUAGAUAUAUCCACCUUGUCCCGCAAUGACGUUCGGCAGCGCCUCAACGCACUGCCCCAGGAACCCUUUCUCCUACCCGGUACGAUACGCGAGAAUAUCGACCCUCUUGGUGAGCAUGAUUCCAGCUCCAUUAUAGAGAUACUUCGGGAAGUUGGAAUCUGGGAAUUGCUCUCAGAUGUCCCUGGCGGUUUGGACGCGACAAUGCCUAGCAAUCUGUUAUCACAUGGACAAAAACAGCUCCUCUGUCUGGCGCGGGCUAUGAUGCGACGAUCGAGCAUCAUCGUGUUAGACGAGACUACAUCUUCUGUCGACGUCGAGACUGAAGCUCUGAUCCAACGCCUAAUCGAUCGGCGGUUCCAAAACCAUACCAUCAUCGCGGUCGCUCACCGCCUAGAUACGAUCCUCAACUUUGACCGUGUGGCAGUAGUGGAUAAAGGCCGAGUCAUGGAGUGGGAUGAGCCGUGGACGCUACUGCAGAGCGACUCUAUGUUCCGACGGCUUUAUAUGGAUAUGAAAGGAAUAAGAGACGAGGAAGAUGUUUCUUUCUUGGAUUAG